GAUAACUAGCCAAGCCAGACAGCGUUGGUAAUACAACCAGUUCGUGUCUGGAUCACACAGUACACUGUCGCGGUGUAGGGUUCGUAGGUCAGUGUUCACUAUGGCAAUCCAUGAUGUACUCUGUGUCUGUCUCGCUGUCGCUCUGUUUCCCGCCGUUUUCGCCAGAAAGGGCGCGAUGAGUCGUCAUCAGGUGGAACUCAAGGAACACUACGAACAUCUCGCCAAAGUCGCGGAGUUCCACUGUGACCUUCCUCAACAAAGACUUCUGGCUGUGAACGAACUCCUAUCAGACUUCCAGAUGCGCGGAAAAGCUUACUUUCCUGAGGUGACCGUGCUGUACAGAUGCGACCGACACACAGGGAGCUGCAACGACGGCGGUCACAAGUGUGGACCUCUCCACGCCGACACGGUCAAGAUGCCGUUCAAGGUCACCUUCCUAGAGGACCAGGAGGGUCGCAAGAAGGGCGAGUGGACCAUGGAGUACCAUCCGCUGGAGAACCACACCUCUUGUGGUUGUCUCAAGUAUGAAGUACCACCGUCCAAAACAGCCGUCCACUAUCACUACAUAGACCCGUCGCUCAUGCCUCUCCUCCCACUAGACCCCGGCCAGAACACGCCGGGGAACACCACUUCGUACGAGGUACCCAUGUACCCGAACACUGAGUUGGAUGUGAAGAUGGGAAACGAAAGUUUCCCCGGUGAAGAAGUGAGGCCUUCUAUCUUCGAAAUGACACAAAUGGCUGAGGAAGUAAGAAAACCCGAUGAGUACCAAGGGUUUGGAGGUUAUCCUGGAGAUUCUUCCUCCACCUCCACCUCCACCUCUACCCCCAUCUAUGAAGUACCUGAUGUGGACGAGUGCGAUAGCUGUGACCGUGAUGCCACUACGAUACCCGCCGACCUGCUCAGGUUCGGACAAGAUAGUCCGAGGUCUGAAGCGUUCAGGUCCACAGAUAUAGACAGUCCUUACGAAACUCUUCUCAAACAAGCUUUUUCUUAGUUCUUUAGUAAAUUGUUAUUUAUUUUUUGUAAA